GUUAACAAAACAGUCAAGCACUUUACGACAUAGGACUGCUCGCUGCUGAAAAAAAGCACAAAACACGCCGCUACAACAGUUUGUGAAAAAGAUUAAAGACAAAUAAUAAAAAAGAUUGUGCGCAUUUAUUGCAUUUAAUGAAGGCAACUUCCUUAUCGAUCGAUUACGUGCUCGCGUGGCAACUCUGUACUGUACUUUUUGAUACAGAUAAAAAAAAACUAUUGACUAUUGAACCGACUAUCUAUAAUCGAGAAAUUGCGCGCUUAUUUCGGGGGCAUCGGUAAUCAGAUAUCAAUCAACAUAACUGCCAAAUAAUAUUUACCAAUAUGAACGACGAAGUGGCCCAAUCCCCCAUGGUUGUUGAAGCCAAAUACGACGAUGUCUCGCAGCUCAAUUUUUCCAAACUGUACUCGCCGAAAAUGAAGAGCGUCUACUGGCGCUACUUCGGCUUUCCAUCUAACGACAAUGACGAGGUAAUUACCAAGCAGAAUGUGGUAUGCAUCAAGUGCCACAAGGUAUUAACCAAUCAUGGAAAUACAACCAACUUGCGUGCGCAUUUGCAACAUCGUCACAAAGAUUUGUUCAAGGCGCUCUGCCAAGAGAAUGAUAUACAAGUGCCGCCGCGCAAAACACCACGCAACAUUAACCAUCCGCCGCUAAACAAGCGCAAUAUUACUUCACGUCGCGUCAAAUUGGAGUUUGUAAACAGUCGCAACCCGAGCAACGAAGAUGAGGAUAUGGACGAGGCAGCAGUGGCGGCGGCAGCCAUGCAGGCUGAAGAUGAUGUUUCUCAGACCAUGCUCUAUGAGACGAUGGUGCCGCUGACAUAUGAUGACCAUGACCAGCUCGUAGAAGAGGAAGACCGCUCCAUUAGCAUUGAGCCGCGUGAGCUAAAGUUCAACCGCAAGCGAAAAAGUACAGUCUCUGGCGCUGGCACUAUGUAUGCGCGCAAUAUCAAGCAAGAGGAGAGCCAGGGUCGCAACUACAUAACCAAUCUGGCGGAAUCGCUAGCCGAUAUUGUUGUGCGCGAUCUGCGCAAUGUGGAAACGCUGUACGAUGUGGGCAUCAGUGAGUUUAUUCGUCUGGCCAUGGGCAAUCUAGCCUCGCUGCCCAUGCCCCAAAAGAUUGAUUCGCUCAUUACUGAGCAGCAUGCUUCCAAGUUUUUGGAAAUGAAUGACUUUGCACGGGAAUUCACCACAGAGAAAUCCUAUUCGCUAGCCUUUGAGUUGUGGGUCAAUGUGGAGCAGCGUCGCUUCCUCAGCAUCUAUCAUCAUUAUCUGAGCGAGGAGACUCAAAGCGUACGCAGCGUGCUCUAUGCUACUGUCGAGUAUACCGAUUAUGUAUCAUUUGAUGAAUUGCUUACGGAUUUCUAUUUGCCCAACUGUACGUUGGCCAUUGUCAACUAUGAUGAAGAAGAGGACAUUCUGCAGGCUUAUCUGAAGGACAAGGGCAUUCCCGUUGUGCUUUGUUAUGUUACGGUAAUUGACAAGUGUCUGCGUCGCGUAUUUGAGCUAGAGGAGGUGGCCACUGCCUUGGAGCAGGUCAAGGACAUUAUACAGCGUCACUCGGCAGAAAUCAGUUCCAAGGUCUCGGAGCUACCAGCCUAUAAUGAGCAUUUCCCCUGGACUCUGUAUGAGUUACUCAAGUUCUUUGCUGAGUCCAUUUCCUGGUCGGAGGAUAUGGAUCAAUUGGUUAUUACAGCCAAAACGGUCACUGAGGCGCUGAGUGCUUGUGUGAUUGCUUUGGACACUUUGCGUGGUGAAGAUAUGCCAUUGUGCAGCAUGCUAUCGCCCAUUACAUCCAAGAUACUGAUCAAGAAACUGGGCAUUGCGGAACAGGAUGAUCCGCUCAUGAUGAACAUAAAGCGUACCAUUGCUGGCGUGCUGCAGUCGCAUAUUAUUGCUAACGAAACUUUGACCAGUGCAGCGCUAUUGGAUCCGCGUUUCCAUCGACUAACCACCAUUGAUAACUUUGAUAGCUGUGUGCGCAUGCUAACGCAGAAAUAUAACAAGACCUUUGCUGGCUCUGGCAUAGACAGCCACAGUGACUCUGCUGAUGUGUCCAGCAUUCCAACGGUUCACAUUAAAACCGAACCACAUGUCAAGUCGUCUGCAGGCGGAUCUGCUGCCAAAAAGUCAAAAUUGGAACUGCUGUUUGAUAUUGCAGAAAUACCAAAUCCACCAAAGCGCGAUGCCGACAGCAACGUUGAAACGGAUCUGAAGCGUUAUCGCAACGAGGUUAUUGUUCAGCUAGACGAGUCGCCCAUUGAGUGGUGGCAAAAGAUGGGACACAUCUAUGGCACGUUACGCGACUUGGCCACACUAUAUCAGGGUGUGCCUGGGGUGGUUAAUCUCAACUUUAAGAAAGUGUUGCGUGAACAGAUUUAUGAUUAUAACAAACGUUUUAUGCUAACUGGCAGUCCUAAUCAGAUAGACGCGAUAUUGUUCUUGCAUCGCAAUAACAGCAUAAAGACACCAUCUUACGUUUAGAAGUUACCAUAUGCAAUUUAAUCUAAUCUGCACAUACAUACACAUAUUAAUAUCUUCAAUUAAAUAUAUUUAAAUAUAAUUAAUACAUUAGUAUUGACGGGAAUUAUUGCAGUGCAGCUGGUUUUUAACAACACGUUUCAAGAAUUGUGUGAAUUGAUCUGUAUGAUUAUAUAUGUAUAUGUAUACACAACUAUAUAAAAUAUGCAUUUGCAAUUAAA